GCCCACGAAGUCCCGAACCCACGAGCUCUCUUCCUUUCCCUAAUCAUCCCCUACCGUCCGUAAAUCUUCGUUUUUCUCCUCCUCUCGAGCUUGAUCGAGGCGAUCCUCUCACGAAUUUGUCCUCAAAACCUCCGAUUUCCAAGGAUAGAAACCCCUCUCGAUUGAUUCCUCUCGCCGAGCUCUCCAGAACGAGCUCUAUUUUGCUCCAACCGGCGCUCUCUGCGCCCCGAUUCGAACCCUAGAAGCUCUCAAUCCCUAAAAAGCUAACCCUAGAAGGACUGAGAUCGCCGGAUCCGCCGAGAAUUGCUCCCCUGGGAUCGCCGGAGCCGCGGCCGACGGCCCUUAUGCGCGUCGCCGGAUCUAGUCGAUUUUUCUUGAAUCCUAGCGAGAAGGAAACCCUAACUUGGAUGGCGAGGGACCGGCCCCGCGGCGGCGCGAACCGGGCGGGGGAGGGUGAGAUCUCCGACGGUGACUCGUCGGCGUCGCUGGAGGAGAUCUCUGCAGAGGACUUCAAGCAGGACGCCCGGGAUCCCCCGGGAUCCAAGGUCUGGGUGGGUUACCCCAUGUCGAGGAACUACGCCCCAAAUCUCUAUAGCUUCGCGUGGGCGCAGGCCGUGCAGAAACAAGCCUCUUGGUUUGGAUUUGAAAGCCGGUGGGCUCGGCCGAUCCCCCGGCGAAGAGCGCCGGCGGCAAGCCGAAUUGGAGGAAGGGAGAUUGGGUUCGGGUCAGAGCCGGUAGGCGGCGAAAUUAUCGAUCUUUCGUCUGAUAAACAGGAGGACGGCUCGGAAUCAGAAGAGAAGAAGCUAUUGGGUGGGAAAGAAACAGAAGAGAUUGGGGAAUUUGAUAGGCGUGUAAGCUUAAUUCUAGAGGAGUUAGAGACUGUAACUGAAGAAGAGGCGGAGAAAUCAUUUGACGGUGUCUGUUUGGCGACUGCGUCAGUCUUUUGAAAUUUGAAGCCAAUGUUUGCGGAGACAGAGAGCCCUGUUCCGGUGCUAGAUGCUCUUGUUCAGCAGGCAUUUGAAGGAAUUAAAACAGUCCAUUCUGUGCUUAGGUCCGAGAAUUUAAAGAAAAAGGAGCAGAAUAAAGAUUUUCUUCUGAGGUUGUUAAUCCACAUAAAGAACCAAUACUCUAAUAUUUUAUCACCUGAGCAGGUGAAAGAGAUAGAUACCAGAGUGCAGUCAUUGGUUUUUGAGGAUGAUAGCAACAAAGAGAGCAAGUUAUAUGCUGGGAGUGGCACCAAUACAAAUGAUAAAACUCAUCUACCUGAAAAGCCUGAUAUCUCUUCUUUUGGUUUGGUUUCAUCUGGGAACUCACAUGUGGUCAGUUCUAUAGGCAGCAAAAAUGUUCAGGCUGGUCUGCCUAAGUUAGAUACACCUACCAUCUCGAGAGGUAGAAUAGUGAGUCCAUUGCUGGAUCUUCAUGCAGAAUAUGAUGAAGAAAGCCUUCCCUCGCCCACACGCGAGAAUGCACCACCAUUGCCUAUACAUAAACCAAUUGGUUUUGGAACUGGGACAGUUGUAUUCACUGAGCCAAUAACUACCAAGAAUGUCGAAGCUGAAGAUGAUACUCCACAUCCCUACAUAACAGAUGCCUUCAAGGCUGUUUCAUCCUACCAGCAGAAGUAUUUUUUCACAAGUAACAAGCUCCCAAGCCCAACACCUUCUGAGGAGUGUGAUGAUAAAGACGAUGCUCACGAUGAAGUCUCUAGUUCUUCAGCCAAUGGUAAUGCUGGAUGUGUGAAUACAACCAGUGAGAUUCAGGUUGCUACCAACAGUGCUGCUUGUACAGAUAGCUCAAGUAGACAUCAGCCAGGUCCUGUUAAACCAGUUGGGCAGUUGGGUUCAGCACCAAACCCUGCUAUAAGGCCUGCUUUGAAGAGCAGAGACCCAAGGCUUAGGUUUGUUAACUCUGAAAGUGGAAAUGCUUCAGAUCCUAACAGACGAGCGAUGUCUUUGGACUUUAGUGCUCCAAAUAAUGACCUUGUUGGAGGAAUAACCAAUCCUAGGAAGCAUAAGGCUGUGGAUGAGUCUUUUCCUGAGAAUCAUACCUUGAAAAGACAAAAAAAUGGGCUUACAAAUUCAUCUGAUGUGCAGAUGACGCCAGGAAGAGGAGGUGGGUGGUUAGAAGACAGCAGUUCGGUGCGCUCUCAACUGAGUGACAAGAUUCGAUUAAAUGAAAACAUGGAAAUUGAGAUUAAGAAUCCAGGAAGUGUAGUCAUGUCUGACAGAAGACCGGAUUCUAACCCUAACAUCCAGGUAACAAAUACUGGAACUUGCAUGAUACCAUCUAGUACCACUGCCCCAUCUAGUAGCACUGCUCCAUCUAGCAGUGCUGCUGCUUCUGUUUCUUUUCCUUCUUUAUUGAAGGACAUUGCUGUAAACCCUACAAUGCUUAUGCAACUAAUUCAAAUAGAACAACAAAGAUUAUCAGCAGAGGCACAGCAGAAAACUGUUGGUUUGAUGCAUAAUAUGGCACAUGCUUCAAGUCUCAAUGUAUUACCUGGAGCUGUUUCUUCAGCAAAUGUUGCUUCUAUGAAGUCUGCAGAAGUUGGGUCACAAAUCCAUCCGGAAGACCUCAAGAAUUCUCAGAGUGAUGUAGGAAGAAUUCGUAUGAAACCUCGUGACCCUCGCCGGAUUCUACAUAAUAUGGUCCAGAGAAUGAGACCAUAGUUUCAGAACGAGCAAAACCAAAUGGAACACUCUCCAUCGGAUCCUCAGAGUAGCAAGGACCAUUUAGCAAUUGGAGAGCAGGGAGAGCAGGCGCAGGCCAUUGGUUUGCCUACUCUGCAGCUUGCUAAGAAUCCCAAGAAUCUAGGGAUAUUUCUUCUCCUUUGCAAUUGGCAGCACAACAGUUGCUACACAAUCAACCCAAACGCAUGGGGAGAUGUUGACCAUCUACUGGAUGGGUAUGAUGAUCAACAGAAAGCCGCCAUCCAAAGAGAGAGGGCAAGAAGGAUAGCAGAACAAAAUAAGAUGUUUGCUGCUCAGCUUUGUCUUGUCCUUGAUCUGGAUCACACACUCCUAAUUCAGCCAAGGUAUAUAUUUUAGAUCCCAGUUCAUGAAGAAAUUUUAAGAAAGAAAGAAGAGCAAGACCGAGAGAAGCCACAACAACGGCCUUUCCGCUUCCAGCACAUGGGAAUGUGGACCAAGUUGAGGCCAGGAAUUUGGAAUUUUCUGGAGAAGGCUAGUAAGCUCUAUGAAAUGCAUCUAUACACAAUGGGAAACAAGUUAUAUGCUACCGAAAUGGCAAAGGUGCUUGAUCCAACAGGAACUUUGUUUGCUGGCCGAGUGAUCUCAAGAGGAGAUGACAGCGAGCCUUUUGAUGGUGAUGAGAGGGUACCCAAAAGCAAGGAUCUAGAUGGGGUUUUGGGUAUGGAAUCAGCUGUCGUGAUCAUUGAUGAUUCUGUGAGGGUCUGGCCUCAUAACAAACUCAACUUGAUUGUUGUAGAGAGAUAUACUUACUUUCCCUGUAGUAGACGACAAUUUGGACUAUUUGGGCCUUCACUCCUUGAGAUUGAUCAUGAUGAGAGGCCAGAAGAUGGGACCCUUGCUUCUUCGUUAACGGUCAUCGAGCGAAUUCACGACGACUUCUUCUCUCAUCGCUCUCUAAAUGAUGUGGAUGUUAGAAACAUACUUGCAGCCGAGCAGCGUAAGAUCCUCGCAGGAUGUAAGAUAGUUUUCAGCCGGGUUUUCCCGGUGGGGGAAGCCAAUCCCCAUUUGCAUCCGCUGUGGCAGAUGGCUGAGCAGUUUGGUGCUGCGUGCACCAACCAGAUUGAUGAACAGGUCACUCACGUUGUUGCCAAUUCUCUUGGAACUGACAAGGUGAAUUGGGCUCUUUCCACAGGAAGAUUUGUCGUCCAUCCUAGCUGGGUGGAAGCUUCAGCUCUUCUGUAUCGGGGCGUGAACGAGCAGGACUUUGCUGUUAAAUAAUAACCAACGCAGCCCCCUUCCGUCACUCAAACCACUAAGCCCAUGGUAAUUUAAAAAGCUUGGAAAUAUGGUGGAUAACAAAUGAUGAAGAUUGGUGCCACAAAAACAUAUUUAAAUUUAAUAUCAACACCAGUAAAACCUGGAAUUACCAUUUAUCCUCUUUGGAAGCCAAAGAGGGUAAUUUGGGAAGGAACAACAUGGUGCAGAACUCAAGAUGAAAUGGAGGAAAGAAAUUGAUGGCCUAAAAAAUUGUGUCUGCUGGUUAUACUUGAUAGCAUAACCAACGCCCAAAAGAGAUUAGAAUUUUUUAAGCCAGCUGAAAACGAUGUAACCUCCGACCUUUUGUGAGAUUCUAGCGGGGGAGCCUCUUGCAUUGGAUGUUUCUUCUUUUUAUUUUUGUUUUAGUGUAACAAUUUUUGAACUUCUGGAGAGAGAAAUCAAAAGAAUUGAAUUUUGAAACA